AUGGAGACAGAGGCAGUGGAGCCGGCCGGGCUGGAACCGGCCGGGCUGGGGACGGCGGGGACGGGGACAGAGGGGAUAGAACCGGCGGGAACUGGGAUAGAGGGGAUAGAGCCGGCCGGGCUGGAACCGGCCGGGCUGGGGACGGCGGGGAUAGAACCGGCGGGGAUGGGGACGGCGGAGAUCGAACCGGCGGAGCCGGAGCCGAAGCCGGCCGGGCUGGAACUGGCGGAGAUAGAACAGGCCCGCGAGGCGGAGGAGCCCCCGGGGUGCCCGGCCCUGCCCGCUGAGGCCCCGCAGCACGGCCCCCCAGCCGCGGCGUCCCCGGCUGAAGGGGCGCUGCCCACCUCGCCCGGCCGGGAACGGGAACAGGAACGGGAACGGGAACGGGAGCGGGAGCGGGGCCGGCGCGGGGCCGCCGUGCAGGGCUCCACCGGGCAGGCGGCGCGGGGCAGGGCCCGGCGGGCCCCGGGCCGCCGCAACGGGGGUGAGAACAGCCGGCGGCCCGGGGUCACGGUGGACAGCUCCAAGGCCAAGACCUCUCUGGAGGCCCUGAAAAUCAGCCUGCAGCAGCUCCGCUGGAAGGAGUUUCCGUUUGGCCGCCGCUUGCCGUGUGACAUCUAUUGGCACGGGGUGUCAUUUCAUGAUAACAACAUCUUCUCAGGGCAAGUCAACAAGUUUCCAGGCAUGUUGGAGACGGUUCGGAAAAUUACCCUGAGUCGGGCCAUGAGAAUAAUGCAAGAUCUGUUUCCUCUGGAGUACAACUUCUACCCUAGAUCCUGGAUUCUGCCAGAAGAACUGCCCCUCUUUGUGGCUGAGGUUCGUAUGAUGAAAGACAACAAUCCAUCCUGGAAGCCCACAUUUAUUGUAAAGCCUGAUGGAGGCUGCCAGGGGGAUGGAAUCUACCUCAUCAAAGACCCAAGUGACAUCAGGCUGACAGGGAGCAUCCAGAGCCGGCCAGCUGUGGUCCAGGAAUACAUCUGCAAACCACUGCUCGUGGACAAACUGAAAUUUGAUAUUCGUCUCUAUGUCCUGCUGAAAUCCUUGGAACCAUUAGAGAUUUAUAUAGCCAAAGAUGGACUUUCUAGGUUUUGUACAGAGCCCUAUCAAGAACCCACUCUCAAAAAUUUGCACCAGGUUUUUAUGCACUUAACCAACUAUUCACUAAAUAUCCAUAGUGGGAAUUUCAUCCAUUCUGACAGUGUAAACACUGGCAGCAAGAGGACUUUUUCAAGCAUUCUGUGCAGACUGUCUUCCAAAGGAGCUGAUGUCAAAAAGCUCUGGUCAGAUAUAAUUUCAUUGGUGAUUAAAACAAUUAUUGCACUGACACCAGAACUGAAAGUUUACUAUCAGUCUGACAUACCAGCAGGAAAGCCUGGGCCAACUUGCUUCCAGAUUUUAGGAUUUGACAUUCUCCUGAUGAAAAACUUGAAGCCCGUGUUACUGGAAGUAAAUGCAAACCCCAGCAUGAGAAUAGAACACGAGAAAGAGCUUUCUCCUGGAGUAUUUGAAAAUGUCCCAAGCCGUGUUGAUGAAGAAGUGAAAGUUGCUGUCAUCAGAGACACUCUGCGGCUGAUGGACCCUCAGAAAAAGAAGAAGAAAGACACUCAGUGCCAGAGCUGGGAGCAGGCGGGGCCGGGGGCGGGCGAGGAGCUGCCGGACGCUGUGGCGGGCGCGGAGGCGGCGCUGCCCUCGCUGUGCCUCAAGCAGGUGUUCCCCAAGUACGCCAAGCAGUUCAGCUACCUGCGCCUCGUGGACAGGGUGGCCGCGCUCUUCAUCCGCUUCCUCGGCGUCAAAGGCACCACCAAGCUGGGCCCAACGGGCUUCCGCACCUUCAUAAGAAACUGCAAACUGAGUAACAGCAAUUUUUCAAUGGCUGCUGUAGAUAUCCUCUAUAUUGAUAUCACAAGGAGGUGGAACAGCAUGGGCAUUGACCACAAGGAAUCAAGUAACCCAGGAAUGUGUCUGCAAGCCUUUGUGGAAGCCUUCUUCUGCCUGGCCCAGAAGAAGUACAAGUCGCGGCCGCUGCACGAGCAGGUGGCGUUGCUGAUCGAGCAGUGCGAGUGCCGCCUGGCCGCGCUGCAGGGCCCGCGGCUGCUGUGGGGCUGCGGGCUGGCCGAGCGCCCCGGGGCCCCGCCAGCCGCGCCCGGCGCCGCCCGGCCCCACCGCCACCAGGUGUUCCGGCUGCAGAAACCAGCGCAGCUCAGGGCGCUCGUGUGCCGGGACACCGCCGGCAGUUAAUCCCCAGCCAGGGACGUGCGCUGCUGGAGGAGAGACUGGCGCUGGAAUCCCUUCGUUUCACGGUGACAACUGUUUAUUUCAGCUGCAUUUUUUAUUUAUGCUUUACAAAAAAGUCUACUGCAACCUCAUGUUGUUAAAUAAUGACCCUGGCAAUGACUAUUUCUUCACCUCUCUGUGGGAUUUACGGUGCAUAUCCCAUGACAAGCUGUGCAUUCAUCCUGAGUGCGUGAAAGAGAAGGACCAAAGCACAAGGGUGAUAACCAGCAUCAUGGGAUUUGCUGCACUGACUGAGGCACACUCGUGUCUCAGGAAUUACAUUGCUUUGUGUGCACAGGACAUGUCACAGAAACCAAGGAAGGAACUGAACUCACAAAUACCAGACUGGAAAACUGAAAUCUGGAAUUACACUUGUGCUCAGACUUCAGGUCUUGACGCUCUUCUUUCCAUGGCUUGGACUGUACAUGCUGGAAUCAAUACCGAUUUGGUCAAUGUCUAUGUACUUAUUUUUUAAAGUCAGUCUUAAAACACUGAUAUUUUGGCUUCUACUUCUUUGUACACGUCUUGCCAUGACAAGUACUGUUAGUUUUUUAAAGAACUAAAACUCUUUAUCCUUUUGCUUCCACAGAACCAAUAAUCUCACACUUAUUCACAAAAGAAAGAUUUACUUUCUUAAGUAAAAUUUGGUGAAUCAAGUGGUGGUUUUGUCUUCAGGGAUUCAGUACUGCUUCUGCAGAAAGCUAUACAAAUGCCUAAGAGGUCACUUAAAUUCCAGUGGAACCAAGCAUCUCACUGACUUUAGCCUAAACUAACUGUAUUCUAGAUUUGCUUAUUUUUUGGCUUUUACAGGUCCUUUUGGGACCUGCAGUAACAUCUAGAGCAGAUCUUUUUUGUGUCUUUGCACAUAUUCUUCGUUUUUCCCUUAAAUAAUAGCAUAACUGUAUGGAUUAGAUCUGAGGAUGUUGUGUCAAAACUGGGCUGUACUGCUGGAGUAGUACAGAGGGUCUUAUUUUUCAGGAAAUGAACCAUGACUUCUAUGAUCACACACUUCUUGUGGGGUCUAAGCAGAACAGGAGACUGGCUGGAAGGACAGGAAUUACUUGGAACUUCAGGGAUGUUGAGUGAAAUUCUUUGUGGUCUGCAGUUUAUGACAAUAAUGAAUGGCUACAUCUGAGCUUGAUUUUCCUCCUUUGUUCUACUCUUCAAUGUUAAUGCCUUGGCUUAUGUUCUAGUGUCUCCAUGCUAUCAGAAAUGGCAAAGCACUGAGCUUUGGGUUGGAGAGCAUUCCCUGAACUCCAUAUCAAAAUGUUCCAGUGGCUGUGUCACUGAGGGGGAAUCCAUCUGUUUCACGUCAGGGACUAAAUACACACACAGUAUUGAGAGAAUUUUCAUUUCAGGGAACGUUUGUAGACAUUUUUUCCUGAUUUCAGUUUCCAGCAGCAUGUGUUUUUCCCAAGUGGCAAUAGCAGCAUGGCAAUGCAAUGCAGGAGUCAGGCCGAGUCCACACAAAACUAGUCCCCAGUAUGUGUUAAUCUCAGAUGUGAGCAUCCCUUCUCCUUAUCUUUUUCUGUAACACAAAUAAAAUAGUAGUAGAUGAUCUUUUUUAGUUCAAUGGCCAGACUCUUUGAAAUUUUAUGUAUUGUACAUAAGAGGACAAUUGUAGACUAACUAAUGCCACUGCCCUCAGCCUUGUUCAAAUGUCAUAAAGAUUAUUACAGUAUGAAGAUAAAAUGCGUAACUCCAAAGUCUGGCACCUGUCAGAACAAAUGAAGCUGAAAGGGUCAUUUUUUUUCACACUUUCAUUGUAAUAUAUUUGAAGACAUUCACAGGUUGAAAAAUGGUUACUUCUCCUUUUGUGACAUCUGACAUUUGUCUUGCAAUUGGCAGUGUGUUACUGGAAAAUAGCUUACAGUUCCUCUCAUCUCAUGAUUGAUGUCCUGUAAAGACAGAGUUAUAGAGGAGUUGGAUUUGAAAUGCUAUGACUGUGAAUGCCUUCCCUUGCACCUUUGAAGCAGUACAAUGUGUGGCCUAAAAUAUCCCAGUUUUGCAAGUGUAUAACUUAGCCUGAUAUCAGUGGAAUAAAUUAACUAUUGUAUAUUGAA